UAGGCUCGGCGCUUGCGCAGUGUAGUGGCUCUGGUGAGGGCAGGGGAGGGGGAGUGACGAUCGCCGUGACCACCCCUCCCUUCCCGGUCGCUGCUGUCGGGUCUCGGAGCCGCUUCCCCGGAGGCCGGAGAGUGACGAAGCGAGAGUGGAGGCGGCGCUGCCCGAUUUGUUUGUAAAUGCAUCAAAAAGAGGCAGCCCAGAAUGAAGAAAGCAAGCAGGUCUGUUGGCUCAGCGCCCAAAGUGCCUGGGAUAAAUAAAACUCAAACAAUAGAAAAAAUCAAACCAGAAAACGGCUCCUCAGUGUCUGCAGUAACAAAACUCUCAAAAACUGGAACAUCAACAUCCCUGUUGAAGACAAAAAGUAAUGAUGACCUUUUAGCAGGAAUGGCUGGUGGUGGGGUGACUAUGACCAAUGGUGUGAAGACAAAGAAGAGCACCUGCACAUCCACAGCAUCUUCAGCUUCAGGGACCACCAUGAACAACCUGGAGAAUAAACCCAAGACUAUUACAGGUACAAAUUCCACAGCCAAGCGUAGCACUUCAUCUGGAAAUAAAGAAUCUAGCUCUUCUAGGGAAAGAAUACGCGAUCGUUCCCGUCUGAACCAAAGCAAAAAACUGCCUUUGACAGGACAGGGGACUAAUGAUCCCAUUCUGGCAAAACGCUCCCGUAGUCGUACUAAUCCAGAGUCUGAUGUUCGGAUGAGUAAGUCCAAAUCGGACAAUCAAAUCAGUGACAAAGCUGCUUUGGAAGCUAAAGUGAAAGAUCUUCUGACUUUAGCAAAAACUAAAGAUGUGGAGAUUUUACACUUAAGAAAUGAACUCAGAGAUAUGCGUGCUCAGCUGGGCCUUAAUGAAGAUCAGCAUGAGGGUGAUGAGAAGUCUGAGGAAAAAGAGACCAUUAUAGUUCACCAGCCAACUGAUGUAGAGUCUACAUUAUUAGUGUUACAAGAGCAAAACACUGCCAUCCGAGAAGAGCUCAACCAAUUGAAGAAUGAGAAUCGAAUGUUGAAGGACAGAUUAAAUGCAUUGGGCUUUUCUUUGGAACAAAGGCUAGACAACUCUGAGAAACUCUUUGGCUAUCAAUCUUUGAGCCCAGAGAUCACAACUGGUAACCACAGUGAUGGUGGUGGCACUCUUACAUCUUCAGUGGAAGGUUCUGCUCCUGGUUCAAUGGAAGAUUUGUUGAGUCAGGACGAAAACACUUUAAUGGACAAUCAGCAUAGUAACUCCAUGGAUAAUUUAGACAGUGAGUGCAGUGAAGUUUAUCAGCCACUUACAUCAAGUGAUGAUGCCUUAGAUGCUCCAUCGUCUUCAGAGUCUGAAGGAGUACCAAGCAUAGAAAGAUCUAGGAAAGGAAGCAGUGGCAAUGCAAGUGAAGUUUCUGUAGCUUGUCUGACAGAACGGAUACACCAGAUGGAAGAGAACCAGCAUAGUACAGCUGAGGAGCUUCAAGCAACACUUCAGGAACUCGCAGAUUUACAACAAAUAACUCAAGAGCUGAACAGUGAGAAUGAAAGACUUGGAGAAGAAAAAGUAAUUCUUAUGGAAUCCUUGUGCCAGCAGAGUGACAAGUUAGAACACUUCAGCCGACAGAUUGAAUAUUUUCGCUCCCUUUUAGAUGAACAUCACAUCUCAUAUGUUAUUGAUGAAGAUAUGAAAAGUGGGAGGUAUAUGGAGUUAGAGCAACGGUAUAUGGAUCUUGCUGAGAAUGCUCGUUUUGAACGAGAGCAACUGCUGGGUGUCCAGCAGCAUCUGAGCAACACUUUGAAGAUGGCGGAACAAGAUAACAAGGAGGCCCAAGAAAUUAUAGGGGCACUGAAAGAACGGAACCACCACAUGGAACGAAUUAUUGAGUCCGAGCAGAAAAGUAAGGCAGCAUUAGCAGGCACCUUAGAGGAGUACAAAGCCACAGUAGCCAGUGACCAGAUUGAGAUGAACAGGCUAAAGGCUCAGCUGGAGCAUGAAAAGCAAAAAGUGGCUGAACUGUACUCUAUACACAAUUCUGGAGAUAAAUCAGAUAUACAAGAUUUGCUGGAGAGCGUCAGGCUGGACAAGGAAAAAGCAGAGACUUUGGCCAGCAGUCUGCAGGAAGAGCUGGCUCUCACUCGCAAUGAUGCCAAUCGACUGCAGGAUGCCAUUGCUAAGGUUGAAGAUGAAUACAGAGUCUUCCAAGAAGAAGCCAAGAAGCAAAUUGAGGACCUCAAUAUGACUCUAGAAAAGCUUCGGGCAGAGCUAGAAGAAAAAGAGACUGAAAGAAGUGACAUGAAAGAAACAAUUUUCGAGUUGGAAGAUGAAGUAGAGCAGCAUCGAGCUGUGAAACUUCAUGACAACCUCAUCAUAUCUGACUUAGAGAAUACAGUUAAAAAACUUCAGGACCAAAAGCAUGACAUGGAAAGAGAAAUUAAGACUCUUCACAGGAGGCUACGGGAGGAGUCCGCAGAAUGGCGUCAGUUCCAAGCUGAUCUACAGACUGCCGUGGUCAUAGCAAAUGAUAUCAAAUCUGAGGCCCAGGAGGAGAUAGGGGACCUAAAACGUAGACUGCAUGAGUCUCAGGAGAAAAAUGAAAAGCUCACUAAAGAGCUGGAAGAAAUAAAGUCACGCAAGCAGGAAGAGGAACGUGGCCGGGUAUACAAUUACAUGAAUGCUGUAGAGAGGGAUUUGGCAGCUCUGAGACAAGGAAUGGGGUUAAGUCGCAGGUCAUCCACUUCCUCGGAGCCAACUCCCACCGUAAAAACACUAAUCAAAUCCUUCGACAGUGCCUCACAAGUUCCAAGCCCUGCCACAGCCACAAUUCCUCGCACUCCUCUCAGUCCAAGCCCCAUGAAAACACCCCCAGCAGCUGCAGUGUCUCCUAUGCAGAGGCAUUCUAUAAGUGGACCAAUAUCAGCCUCCAAACCCCUUACACCUUUGUCAGACAAAAGACCAAGCUAUGCAGAAAUCCCUGUUCAAGAACAUUUGUUGAGAACUUCCUCUACCAGCAGACCAGCCUCAUUGCCAAGAGUACCUGCCAUGGAAAGUGCCAAAUCUAUUUCAGUGUCUAGACGAAGUAGUGAAGAAAUCAAACGAGAUAUUAGUGCACCUGACGGAGCAUCUUCAGCCUCUCUCAUGGCAAUGGGAACCACCUCACCACAACUCUCUCUCUCCUCCUCUCCUACAGCUUCUGUCACCCCUACAACACGAAAUCGCAUAAGGGAAGAAAGGAAAGACCCUUUAUCUGCUCUUGCAAGGGAAUAUGGAGGUUCCAAAAGAAAUGCCUUGCUGAAGUGGUGUCAGAAGAAAACCGAAGGAUAUCAGAAUAUUGACAUUACAAACUUCAGCAGCAGUUGGAAUGAUGGGUUGGCCUUCUGUGCGGUCCUCCAUACUUACCUCCCAGCUCACAUUCCGUACCAAGAACUGAACAGCCAGGACAAGAGAAGAAACUUCACUCUGGCCUUUCAGGCAGCUGAAAGUGUUGGCAUCAAAUCUACUCUGGACAUCAAUGAAAUGGUGCGAACUGAGCGUCCAGACUGGCAGAAUGUCAUGCUGUAUGUUACUGCAAUUUACAAAUACUUUGAAACCUGAAACCUUGUUAAACCAAAAGAUUUGCAGACUGGAAUCAUCACUAGCUGCCAGACAGAAACGCUAAUCCCAGAUUCAUUGAAAUCUGGCAAUAUGCAUGUUCCUCAACCUUCAGUCAUGGAUUGUCUCAAACUGCUUCAGCCAACAAACCUUGGAACACAGGUUAGAAGCAAGAACUUUUUACCAGUGUGCUAGGCAUAUCCCAUGGUAUUGAGUUAUCCAAAUUUAUUACGUAGCCUAAUAAGACUGGCCUUCAAGGAACUGCCUUUACAUCCAGACUUCCUGAAGUUUUCGUAUUUCCUUGAGAGACUGAGGUGUAUAAUGCUGUAGCAUAUACAAAAUUGAAUGUACAGCUAAAACUAUGAGAAGGAAAUGGAUGAAACAGCACCAAAAUGAAUUUUCUCUACUAUCAGAAACCACAGAGUCUGGGUGAAUAUUCUACCCAUACAUACACUACACCCCAAUACAGUAAAAAUCUUAAUAGUUACUGAAGUUACUGCCUUAAUUAUUUUUUCUCCUCUCUAAUGUGCACAAUAUUCAAGGGAAAGGAGCUUUUAUUCUGUCAGGCUUACUUGACUGAAGAGUGCUCUCAACACCUGGACAAACCUGGCGCAGAAGAACUCGUCAGUGUAAAGCUCUGUUUAAGCCUACCUCUGUCACACAAACGUCGCUUCCAACUUUAUAUAAAGGAUUAUAAGGACGAGCACAUACAGUUCCUGGCUUGAAGAGUGUACUGUGCUUACAUGGAGUUAUAUUUCAUCUAAUUUUCUGUGCUUCCAUUAUAACAAUGAGAUUAAUCAAGAAUUAAUCCUUGUAGAACUUGUCUCUAUCCUCUUCUUCCUUUGCCUGCAUAGCACACACAGAAAUGCCGACCUUUCCUUUACAGCAAUACAAGCAUACAGUAUCUCUGAUUACAAUGGUGGAAUUAUGCCAGUGGGAUAUCUCCCUCUACAGAGAAGAUAAUUGUCAGUAAUGGGAUGUCCAGUUUUGCAAUGUUCCAUGUACACUUUUCUUUGGAUCUCGCAGAUACUGAUCUGACUGAAAGAAAGUAAAACACGCUACGAAGAGAACUGCAGUGGGACUUAUUUUUAUGUAAUCCUGUUCCAGUCUGGAAUAUUAUAUCACAAAGACUAAUGCUCCUGAGGAAAGAAUGAAAAGCUUUGGUCUGCUCAUAUUGUAUUCUCCUAAAAUGCACCUCAGUUCAUGUGGCAAAACUCUCUGGGCAAAAGUGUUCAAGCAAGUGCCUUAAAUAGCCUUGAGUUGGUAGACCCUGGAGCUCCAGGGCACUGUGCAAAACAUUAGGAACUCAGAAGGAUUUCUAGUGGCAAACAGACAUGUAUUGUUAAAAUGGUUUUUAUAAUCGUGUACUUGUCAAACCAAGGGAAGGCCUUCAUCCUACCAUUGUGUUCCUGCCUCUUACUUCCCUACAUAGUUAGCAACAGUUAAGCCACAGGAAAGAGCCUCUCUUUAAUGUUGAGCUGAAGCUUUCCUUUACUGACCCACCUUUAUAAAUACACUUAACCUAUCAACAGCCCUGUUCGAAACAAUGAUUCUGUUAUUCCUAUUGUGUGCCUGUAACUCUUAUGGACAGUUUGAAUGACUAGAUGUUAACAGCUCGGUGAAUGCAACUUGCUUGGCAACUAUUAGUGCUAUCAGGAAUGAAAAAAACACUGAUUCAGAUCAGAACUAUAUAGCCAGUCAGAAUAGCUAGCAUCCUGAAGAAUGUAACCAAUCUGAAGAGGGGGCAUUUCAAGCAUGCCUCUGGCAUUUAAACAAACCUUGCAACUCUUAACUCCUAUAUUAUAAAGCUCAACUAACUCUUAAAUUCUGAUCAGUGUCUGUAGUGGAAGGAAUAAAACAAAUAUCUUGAGUGAUGGAGGCAGAAGGAAGUGUUUAUUAAAUGACUGGUAAAUAACCAUUUAGUCCAUAGAGAGGACGCUUGGAGAAGUUUCCAGAGAAGCUGUUUCUGGUGACUACUUCCUUUCUGAUUGGGAGAUUAAUGUUAGGCAAGUAGCUAAAAAUUCUCAGGCUGUGAAUAAACAGGUUUGAAGAUCCUCAGCAACCAAGAGAAAAUGGUUGCAGAAGAGACUUCAAAUAAAAAAAUCUUCAUAAGAUUUGAAUAGAAAGAAGUGGGAAAUGUACACCAUCACUUUCAUAAACUGCUGAAAUCCCAUUUCUGCACAUUUAUGCUACGGGAGGCUGUUCUCUUUUCCUUAUGAAUUUAAGUUAUCUAUUUACAGUUGCGUCAUUUUAUUUAUUACAUUAAGAUUGAAAAAAAUUCUAAUUAAAAACAGAGCACUCCUCAUUCUAAACUCACUAGUAACCUAUUUCUUUAACAUGGUUUGCGCCAAGGGCUAAUUUUAGUAACUUUUCUGCAAAGUGGUGUCUGAACUUUACUUGCCUAGAAAUCUAUCUGUCAUUAAUUGUAAUAAUAUUGGUCAUGUAAACAUCCAUAAAAAGGGAACUCCAGUUUUUUCAAAUAUAUCUAAUUAGGCAACAUGACAGAAGCAUUAAGAAUCUGUAGAGAUGGGAGUUUUAAAAUAAUAAACACAGACCUUCAUUAGAAAUGAAGAAAUCUACAGAUUGCUUCUUGGUGCAAUCUGUCUGUUUUGGUGGAUUUUGUUUUUGUUUGUUUGGGGUUUUUUGUUUUGGUUUUUUGGUGUGUUUUGUUUGUUGGUGGGGUUGUUUGUUUUUAGUUUGUUUUUUGUUUUGGUUUUUUUGUUUUGGGGUUUUUUUUUGGUUUUUGGGGAGAGUCUGAAGUUUUACUUGGUGUUGAUGGUACACAAGUAUUAGAGUCAGAUCUAGAAAGAGGUAUGAGGCUCCAUAAAGAAAUUUCCUAGAGACACAUCUGUGCCUUUGCAAAUAAAAUACUGUUCUUCUGACACAAUGAAAGGAUAUUCAAGAAAGGGAUGCAAGAAAUAAAACAAACUGAACCCUGGUACACGGUAACAGAAUGUUCAGAAAGGUGGAAACAACAAAUCUCUCCUUUUGCUAAUUGGAAGAAUGACUUAUGUAACCUUUCUGGAUAGAAAUAAUACACUUCGGUGUGGUUCCAACUCAUACUUCACCCUGAAAGGGCCAGUUCUGUUACACAUUGUAGAGUGCAAGCUUCUUGCUAUUUGACUUGAUUUUUUUGUUCUGUUUAAUAUAUCUAAAUGUACUCAAAAUGUCAAAUAAUGUAUGUGGAUUUAUUUUUAUUGCAUUUAGUAUGUCCCUUGCAAAUGCCUGUGUUUUAGUAGGUCACUGUUAUUCACGUCCAUCUUUAUAAGAGGUGCACAUAACCAAAACAGCUUGGACGUGUUUAUGCUGAAUUGGCUCUGUUGCUGUCUGGAUAAUGUUAAGUGAAACACAUUCCACUGAAUGUAAAGAUGUCAGUAUCCAGUCAGGUGUGUAUCAGAUUUGUUUAACGUUCAUGGUACAUCAGCGGCGAACUGAAUGAACAGUUGAAGCUUUUUCUUUACCUUCAAGUAGCAUCGAAGGAAAAAUAACUUAUUUUUUAAUAUUCAGAUAGGCGGUCUCCAGAAUUCUUUGAUGUCCAGAGUAACGAUAAAAAGGUGAUGUGAACCUUCACAACCAAUGAGAUGCAAUUGAUUGGGUUUUCAGGUAUUUAAUAUGUUUAACUGAGAACACUUAUCCAUUAGUUUUGGCCAUGUAACUCAAUGGAUCUCAUAAUGACCUUUCACUACAGCAAUACCUGCUAGAAAUUCUAAGCAGAAGCUUCUAAUUGAAACUGGAGCCAUGGAGAGGCAACUCAGAAUGCUGUAUUAAUAAUUAGAUGAUAUCCUGGUUAAAGAAUAAAAUGUCAUUCUUUGCCUUAUUUAUAUUAAACAUUGUUUCUGCCAAUUAUAUAUUGCAUUUAUCAGAGACUGAUAGAUGUCUCUAGUUUAAUACUAUGUUGUCCCUAUCUUUCUAUGCUCCUGAAAAGUCAGCCAAUCUGCUUUGAGAAGUCUCUAACUUGCCAGUGUGAUGAAACCAUCUUUAGCUGUUACACUGGUGUAACUCCAUAUGAACCCCAUUGACUUCAGUAGUUACUCCUGUUUUACACCUAUGAAGAGAGCAGAAUUUUGCCCACUAAGUCUAAAAUGGUGAUGGGCGCACAACUGUGGUUUAAAUAGUUGUUAUAAAGAUAUGUCUCAGGAGUUGUCAAAGUGACAGCAAAAUCUCUAUGGUGUUUCUUAUCUGUUCCCUCAACAUCAAAUCUCAUCUGCCACCACCCAUUCUACCUCUUAUAUUUAUUGACCAUUCCAGACAAUAAAGAACCCGGUAGUGACAGCAAUUUAGUUGAUCGUAUGGAAGGUAGAACAGAAUAUUUUAUUGCUGCAUCUCUAGUUUCUGUACAAUUCUGACAAAGAUAUAAAAUGUCCUGACCAUAAACUCUGCUUUAAACUAACGAAUAGGAGCAUAUGCUUUUUCAAGAUUUUGUUUUACCAGCUGUGUUCUGCUUAUGGUUGUCUUAAGAGCACUGCUUGCCUGUCCAUUGACAAGCUGACGUCCCUUUCACAGCUUGCUCCAAGAAUGUCAAAAUUGUAGUUCAUUUCUGCCCUGAUUCAAGACAUAACCCCAAGUAGGCUACCUGUGGAAAAGGGCAUUAUAGUCGUCAUGUAUCUGCACAAAUUGCUUGUCCCUGAGUUUUUAUGAUCUUCCUGACUUGAUGUGAUCAAUGAUUUUUAACUUUGACUCCUAUUUUUAUUUCAUGUCCCUCCAAACCACAUUGUUGGCUACUGCUACAGUGCCUUGCCUCAGCUGAAUGCUAAUGUAUGAAUCCCUGUGAAAGUGGACACCAACCUGAAUUUUAAAGUAAUCAUCAUCUCUGUGCUCCAGAGAUGACACCAUUCAUUGUGCUUCCUCUUGCCUGUGUACAUUGAUUGGCCAAAUACAAGUCAGAUCAUUUCAGCUCUUCAGUUGACACCUGUUUCCCCCUCACAUCAAGAAAUGUAGUACAUAGAGCUUACAUCUUACUGUAAUGCUUGUCCAGUGCUUUUGCAUUUAAAUCCUUAACUCUUCAAUAAAUGAAAAUAAUGUUAGAUAUUUCUGAUGUAAUGGCCCCAAUUAAAAAAGUAUAUCUAAUACUGAGUGUGCCCCUCAGUAGUUUUUCUGCUUGUUUCUCAGAGUUCUUAUGCUCAGAGGAUGAGUUGCUUGCUGUAGUAGAAAGGGUUAUAAAUUGCUGUGUUUAAUUUAAAAUAAAAUCUGUUAAGGUUCAGCUGGGUUUGCUGGAUAUUUCUAAGAAUUUAUUCAGCUCUGUCUGCUCUUAAUUUUAUCCUGUAAUAAAUAGAUCAGUGUUGAGUACAUUUGGCAACUGUCAAAAGGUCAGUGUGUUCGGGUCUGGGAACAUUUGACUAGUUCAUUCUGGUGACUAAGUGGUUUAAAAGAUCUUUUUUUUAAUAUGUAAUUUUGUAUGAAGGGCUUGGCCAUUAAGCAGAAUACUGAAAUGAGGGUCUCUUAUUUCUUGUAUAUUCCAUGCUUCCCAGCUUUUACAGUUGGAAGAUCUUCAGCUGUUUCAGCUUGAUAGGUUACUCUCCUGGUCUGUGUGAAUUAAUUACCGGUAUAUGUAAUUCUUUUCCUUCCAUUAGAAGUUGUUUCCCUACACCUAAACUUGAAUAAUACUUAGCUAUGGAAGUCGGGUGCCUUUGCAGUUUUUCUCCAGUUUAAACUGCUUUAUUUUUCACUUAAAAGGUUCCUGACCCUAGUUGAUACAGGGCUGUAACUGCCAUUGAGUUGCACACAGAUUUCCUAGUUACUUCAACAAAGUUCUGAAUGCAGAACAAUAGUAGGACAAGUCGCUUACAGAAUAUUUUGUGGCACCUUAUUGUGGUUAAAUUUAUUUCCCAUUGUCAUCCCCGUUUUCAGAUGUGGCCAAAAUCAUUCAGUCUAGGCUGAAACUUGGAAUAUAAGCUCUCACCCAGGAAGGAUCCUUCUGUUUAAUAGUAUUUUUGAAGAAAUAGUUUGUAUUUGUUAUAGGAGCUAAAGGAAAUGUCCUGGGUUUAGAAUCGCUGUGCAUUUCUAAUGUUUUUGAAUUUUAAACUGAGAACUUUGCAUAUAGUGCUAGAAUAUGAACUGGAUUUUUUGGAGGAAAAAGAUUAAAAAAUGACUCACUGUGACUCCACUGUGGAUAAGCAACAUGGUAAGUUAUGUGCAUUUCCUCUUUCCAGUGAAAUAAUAUGUGUAAUUUUAAUCGUAUGCACUUCGUGUGUGUGUUUGGUAGCUAGAAUGCCACAACAGACAGUUAUUGCUGCAAACGAGCCCUAACAGUCUAUCAUAUACACAGGUUGUGAACAAAGAUUUUAAAGGAUAGACUGUAUUGGCAACAAAGGAACAGUUAACGUUUGGUCAAAACUCCACUUCACAAAAUACCUCUCUCUCUCACACUCUCCCUCUCUCUCUGCUUCACUUCUUUCAGGUAAAUAUGUUUUUACAUUAAGGUGAAUUUCAGGAAAUGGGGGACAUAUGCAUGACAACAUACCCAAGUAACUUAUACAUGUAAAAAUUACAUAGUUUUUCAUGAGUGUUUCCAACCUAUUUUAAAAUGUGUAUCAUUAAAUAUUCAGUUUGUUACAACUUAUUCUUACUAGUUUAAUGUAGAUUUGCUUUUAAAACUUCCACCUCUUCCACGUUUCAUCUGCUAAAGUUUGCUUGAACAAAAAAAAGCCUUUGUUUUCCCAUUGGUUAAUACAAAUGAAAAGUAUGAGACUGCUAACUGGGAUAUGGAGCAUUUACCCUCUAGAUUGACCGUUCAAAUCCAGCUUAGGCCAGUAGUGACUAUCUGAAGGUGGUUUGGUCAUCAUGAAAUGAAUUGGUGAUCCAGUUAAUAGUGGGCAGGUGUCAACAUCAGGAAGUCACAGAAUUACACUAAUUGGCACCACCCAAAGGGAUGGACACUGAACUAUCUUCUGACCCUUAGAAGUGGUAUCUUCAAUUCCAGUUUGAGGUAACUGACAGAGCAGUGUGGGAAGCUUGUCCCAUUCCCACCCACUCCACCCCCUGUGUUGAGAAAGAAUAAGAGAAUUUUAUUGCCAUCUCCUUCAGUCUGGCAUCACAAGCAUUAUAUUUGCUUACAAAGUGGCCCACAAGUUUAAUAAUGACACCACAGCUUGAAAUAUCAGUUGGCAUAACUGCUCUAGAGAGAAUUGGAAUGCUCCAUAGCUUUUAACAAUCAUGAAAACAGAAAACUGAUUUUAAAAAGGCCUUUCCAUGCAUUCUUCCUAAGUUUUAUUUAUUUCUGUGCACAUUUGAAACAUGACUGAGCACCCUCGCAGUGAUUGGGUUGAAUGAGAGUAACAGUUCUAGUUCUAUGCAAAAAGCACUUUCCGUUCGUACUUAACCACUCAUUCUAUUGAUACAACUGAAAAGGCUUCAAGAAAUGUCUGAGCUUUAAGUGCAUAGUUGUGUCAUAGAUUUGACCUUAUAGUCUGAGUGGGGGGAAAAUAGUAUUUUUUUCAGCUUCCCAUCCAGUUGGAUCUGAGACUUGGAAGCAGAGGAGGAAUCCAAAAUGUGUUUCAUUUAGACUGAAGCCUGGUUCCAAUUUGAAAGGCAAAAAUCAGUAAUCAUUGGGACUUCCGAUGCUGGCAAUCCGAUUUUAAGUUAUAGCCUUUGGAGAAAUAGUGUGCUUUUAGUUUUGCAAGUUCCACUAAGGAUCUGGGCAUUUGCUUUAUACAAAACAAUGUAUUCUGCAUUUGUAUUUAGUAUGUAUGCCUUUGAUUUGGCAAUGUUACUAUGUUUUCUUCUUAAGUUUGUGAAAUAAAGAUUUACAGAUAUUAAAAUGUG